AUGAGAAGAAAAAGAAGAAAAAAAAGACGAAAUAGACAAAGACACAGACGUAAAUUAAAAAAUUAUAAUAAAAAAAUUUUAAAACAUCAUUUAACAUCACAGGUUGAUAAAUCACAAUUGUUAAUUCCAAAUAUUCAACCAAGAUCUCGUAAAGUUCGAGCAACUGUUAAAAAUUCAACAUCAUUGCUAAAAAAACGUCAAGAAUAUUAUGAUAAUAUAAAUAAAUUAUCAGACUAUAAUUCAAAUUAUUUAAAUUACGCAUCAACAGAUACAAAUUUAGAAAUAUCAACUGAUGAUAUGAUGCUUCUAGAUGAUUAUAAAUUAUCUGAUAAUAAACCAAUUGGUGCUUAUUCAUUCAACAGAUAUCCUGAUAAAUAUUAUUCUUACAAUUCAGCAUUACAAGAUCCACAAAUACAGUAUCAAAAUUAUGAUAACAAUGAGUUAAUUAAUACUCGUACAAUAUCAUCAUUUAAAAAUCAAAUAACAACACAAACUAGCUUAAUAGCUAAUCAUACAACUGCUAAACAAAUUAAUCAUCAAUCAAUAAAUUUGAAAAAAAAUGAAUCAGUAAUUAUCAGAGACAAUGAGACAUCAGUUCAAACAAAACAAGUAGCAAAUGAAAUAUUAAAUGAAAUUAUUGAACAGCUUGAAGAAAUCAAAAUCGAAAGAAAUUCAAAUAACCACAGGGAUGGUUUACCAUGUAAAAUAACUGGCUUAUGGAAAACAAGUCAAGCUGGUGUUGAUUUGAUGAUUAAAAUAACAAAUCAUACGUUAAAUAUUACUAUUGAAAAAUCUCAUGAUGUUGAUGAUUCAAAUGGACUUAAAAUAAUAAAUAAUACAUGGAAUAUUACUGGACAUGUUGCAUUUAAACGUGGUGCACCAUUUUAUUUAAUUGCCAGUAAUAAUCAUGUCAAAUCAUUGGCUGCAUUUGUUGGAGCAUGUAAAGUUUGUCAAGGUGUUGAUACAAUUGAAGGUGUCUGGACUGUAACACAUGAGCCAAAAAGUUGUCGUGAUUUUCAAAUUUCAACAAAUAUUUAUAAUGAUAUUUUUUAUAAAAAAAUAGAUAAUAUUAAUAAUAAAAAUACAUCUGGUAAAUAUAAUGAAACAUUAUAUGAUACUGAAUAA